AAAAGAUACAGAGGGAACGCCUAUUUGGAGGUGACAAAGAUAACACGGAUAUCAGGAAGACAGACUCAAUGACAACGAGACAAACAUCAGCAGGAACAACUGGGACUCUUCAACAUGUCUACUGUAAACUACGCAGGGUUCAACAAUGGCAUAGAUCCAAAUGAGAGGAGGAUUAUUCUGGUUGGGAAGACUGGAGUUGGGAAGAGUGCCACAGGAAACACCAUCCUGGGGAGGGAGGCUUUUGAAUCAGACCUGUCUCCAUCUUCUGUAACGGGAGAAUGCCAUAAAGCCAGAGGGGCCGUUGGUAGUUGGAAUGUGGCUGUUAUUGACACUCCAGGAUUGUUUGACACUAACUUUACCCAAGCUGAUGUGUUGAACAAGAUCAAGAUGUGCAUCUCCCUGUACGCUCCGGGUCCUCACGCCUUCCUGUUGAUUCUUGAGUUGGGCAGGUUCACACAGGAGGAAAAGGAUACCGUCCAGAUGAUCCAGGCCACGUUUGGAGAAGAUGCUGAGAAGUACACAAUGGUGUUGUUUACUCAUGGAGACCAGCUGAAGAAUCAGACCAUUGAAAACUUUUUUUCAGAGAGCCCAGACCUAAAAGCCCUCAUUCAAAAGUGCAGUAACAGAUACCACGUCUUCAACAACGAGGUCAAAGAUCCAAAACAAACCUACUUGCUUUUGGACAAGAUUGACAGGAUGGUUAGUGUCAAUGGAGGAGGGUACUACACCAAUGCGAUGUUUGAAAGAGCAGAGGCUGCCAUAGUGAAGGAGAAGGAGCGAAUACUGAAAGAAAUGGAAGAACAGAAAGAGAAGGAGUUGGAACAACUCAGAGUUAAAUACACUGAAAGUGUUUACCGCAAAGAGGAGUCCAAACUAAUCAUGCAAUACCACCAGGAUGCCCGCGCUCGAGCUGAGAGGUCAAACGAAUUUCUUGCCGCACCGGUAAUCGCUGUGGCUACGACCUGCGGUGCUGCCAUUGGAGGUGUGCUGGGUGUGUGUGGGGGUCCGAUCGGAGUGGCAAUCGGGAUCGCGGCUGGAGCUGCAGUUGGAGCUGCUGUUGGAACUAUGGCAAUAAAGGUUAACAAAAGCUGUCAUGUGCAAUAACACAAAAAGGGCCAAUUAAGCUUUCAAUCCUUCCCUGAUCAAUGAAAUAUUACCUGAAAGGUAGUUAUUUACUGUCAGCUUUAUUUUCUAUAGAUGAAAUCAUUUAACGAACAUGAUUGAUAGGGUCUAAAAAAAUGUUUAGUUAAAUGUCUAAUUAAAUGUUACUGUCUUGUGAAUUCCUGAAAGGAAAUGUUAUACAUCAGUAUGAAAUAUUUUUUACUUGUCUGAAAGACUGUUGAACUGCACAUGCUGGGCAUACUGGGUAUGUACUGGCAGCGCAAUGCUGCAUCUUGAUGUAAUCCAUUUUCACAUUGACUACUGGGAAGCCUCUUAAACUUUAAGGCACGCAGAUCUGGAGAUUUUGGCCGACAAAAAUCUACAUUGACUAAAAUCAAGCCACAUCAUUGUUUGACCAGGAUGCUAAUGUCAAUACCCAGUUUACCAAACCUAAACACCCCUGGAUGAAGUUCUUUUUUUUUUUUCAAGUUGUCAGUUUACUGAUGUAAAUCUGUUUAAAUCUGAAUUAAUUG